AUGGCCUCACACGUUGUGGUCAUUGCCACCGACCUCCGGCGCAAAACGAUCAAGGUCUCGCCUGGAACCUACCUUAUCGACGUUCUCGAGCAAGCCUGCAAGGAGCUUAACCUUGCGAGUGACAGGUAUCUGAUAAAGAACAAGCAGAAGCAAGUCGACCUCUCUGUACCCUUCCGCACAUCUGGACUCUUGCCUGGCGCCAAGCUCGAGCUGGUUCUCAAGUCCAACACGCCUUCGGCCGUGCAAGUCGCUUUGCAGCUGCCCCAUCCCGACGCCAAAGAGAUACCCGGUGGUCGGCUGAUCCGAAAGUUCCCUUCCGAUCUGUCCCUUUGGAAAGUUCUGCGUCAGUUUGAAAGCGGCGAGGCAAGCGCGGGCAAGAAUGUCAACAUCACGGCUCGUGGCGUCGCGGAUAACAUCACCAGUGGUGGCGGUCAUCUGUUCUACGAAACGCCCGUACUGAACAUCAUGGGCAGGGAGUUUGCUACGUUUCGGGAAUUUCAGAAGACGCUGUCGCAGCUGGGCUAUAACUCGGGAAAUGUCCUCGUGCGGCUGUCGUACAGAAAGACGGACCAGAUCAUGCUCGAGGCAAUGGAUCAGAUAUCCCAUCUAUUCAAGGACAUCGAGGAGCAAGAUCAGAAGGCGGAGAAUGCAACGGCUGAAACGACGGUGGAGGAAUUCGAGCCAGAGCGGCUUGAAGACGCACCUAUGACGGACGGAAAUCAUGACUGUGCCAAAGACUCCGAAACUCAUCAGCGAGCUCCUCUUCAAGACAAGCUGGAGGACGAAUCAACAGGAAAAACGGAGGAAGCAACCGGAGAGCGUCCACCUGGUGGCUCCUCGUCUCUAGCCCCCAUCGACCCCUACCUGCCCGUCAGCGUGUUCCUGGCCCCGACGGGCCCCGUACCAGCCGCGGCCCUCGCCCCCUCCGAGUCCGACUCUGAGUUUGUCCCUUCCAUCGCUCACGCGCAGCUUCAUCAAGCACGUCUACAGCAGUCCUCGCGCAACAAACGUCUUCCCUCGGACAGGGAGCUCGAGGAAAAAAUCGCUGCCGAGGAAGCCCGGCUCGCGGCCAUCAAGUCUGUCGUCAUCAAGGUGCGCUUCCCCGACAACACGAGUAGCGAGUGGCAAGUUGGCCCCGAGGCCACGGGGACGUUCCUGUACGAGGCAGUGCGGCGAGUCAUGGCAAGCAGAGAACACCCUUUUCGGCUCGUCCUUCCCGGCAGCAAAACGGCGAUCCAAGACAACAGCAGCUCGCAACACGGCCUCAUUAGGUCAUACAAGCUUUCUGGCAGGGUUCUCGUCAACCUUGUCUGGGACGACAGCGUGCCCAAGCAGGCCCGCCAGAAACCGUUCCUCAGUGAAAGCGUGGCGCAACUAGGAAAGGUAGUCAAGAUCCCAGAGAUGCCGCGGACGGCCGAGGAUGACCAGCCGGCUCCCGUUCAGCAACAGCCAAGGGCGGACAGAGGCAAGGGUGCUGGAGAAGACGGUGCCAAAAAAGUGCCGAAGUGGUUCAAGAUUGGAAAGAAGUAG